AUGAAUUAGUAUGGAUUUAGUGAAAAAUUAUCAGAAGAAUAAAAAAGAAAAUUACAUGAAUUACAUCUCAUUUAAUAAAGAGAAUUGUCUGAAUUAAUUAGAAGACAUUAAGAGGAAUAAUUGAUGAUAUUUGAAUAAUGGAAAAAAGAAGAAUAAGAAUCUCACAAUCAAUCCAAAAAUUUUUCUAUUAAAGAUGAUAAAAACUCUAUUCUCAAUUAUAAACCUUAUACUUUAAGUUAAUAUAAACUAUUGAAAUUGUAACCUAUCUUAAGAAAUCCAGGACAAGGACUGGGUCCAACAUUAUCUAUUGAAAAAUGGUAAUAGUAAAAAGAAAAAAUGGAUAGGAUGCUUGAAUUUGCAGAGCAUGUAUCACCUUAACAUAUCUAAAGGUCAAAGCAGAGCAUAGACAUUUUAAAUAAAAAAUUUCCAAAAGUUAACCAAAACAAGUAACUGUUCGAUAAAAAGGUUUAGAAUUUGCAAGGAACAUCUUGAAACCAAUUGAACCAUCACCUAUGAGAAAAAAAUCAAUAUCAAAGAAUUCAGUCGAGAAUGAUGAAUUAUUAGAAUAUGAAUUGAGAAAUCAAUUAUUAAAAGAAUAGAUAGGUAAAAUGAAGUGA